AUGAGACAGUCACUCAUGUCCGUCAUCUUCGCCGCAGCACUGUUGUGCGAGUGCUAUGCUCUGUCCGUGGCGUUGCCUAUGGGCAAGACUGACGACGGCUCCUUGGAGCAGGAUACUUUCGCCUCGCUGCUGAGCAACGAAGCAUCCGAAAACGCUCUCGGCAACGCCGACAUGGCCACAACGGGCAAAAGCAGUGGCCCGAGGGUAAUCGUCAUCGCCGAUCCAAGCCUGUGGAGGGACCUGCGGGGGCUGCACAGCGGACUGUCCGUCUACAAGCGGCGAGCCGACGACAACAGCCAGGACCUGAACAUCCCCAUUCUGAGGAGGGACACGAUGAGGUGCAUGGUGGGACGGGUGUAUCGGCCGUGCUGGGAAGUCUAG